GAGGCGCAAGAUGACAGCAAACGAAUAAACGAGGGAUAUGAGCUUACUCUUUCCUAAAAAAUGACUAUAGGUUGCUGCAGUUCUCUACAGGGCUCAGGAACCACCGUUCAAGAGAUGCUGUGCUCCAACGUCUCCCUGGCGCCGCUUGAUAACAACAACGUCAAUGACUCCGCGUGCAGAACAGUUUCUGUUGGAUUCCCAAUAACCAUGAUGGUCACUGGUUUAGUCGGGAACUCUUUGGCUCUUAUUCUAGUGUACAUAUCUUACAGAAGGAAGGAGAACAGGAGGAAAAAGUCUUUCUUGCUUUGUAUUGGAUCUUUGGCGCUGACAGACCUGUUCGGACAGCUUAUGACAAGUCCCAUUGUCAUCUCAGUGUACCGGGCUGGUCGCAAAUGGGAAAACAUAGACACAGAUGGUUGCCUGUGCUCAUUUUUCGGGGUUUGUAUGACAACUUUUGGAUUGUGCGCUCUUUUCUUGGCCAGUGCCAUGGCGAUAGAAAGAGCCAUGGCGAUAACGAACCCGCACUGGUACUCCAACCACAUGAAGACAAGUGUGACUAAACAAAUUCUGGGCGUCAUGUUUCUUCUCGUGCUGCUCUUUGCCCUGCUGCCCAUCGCUGGAGUCGGGGAGUAUCAGAAGCAGUGGCCGGGCACGUGGUGCUUCAUCAGCACCGGGGACAGCAAAGUGCCAGGAAACACGGUUUUCGCCGUCACUUUUGCCGCGCUUGGGAUUUUCUCUCUGCUGGUGACCCUGUCCUGCAACGUAAUGACGAUCCGGGGUUUAAUAAUCCGAUGUAAAACUAAGUCUGGCGCGUCUCAGUCUUCAAAACAGUGGGAACGACUCACCACAGAAACUGUCAUUCAGCUGAUGGGCAUUAUGUGCGUCUUGCUUAUAUGCUGGUCUCCUCUGCUGGUACUGAUGCUGAAGAUGAUCUACAAUCAAAUGUCAUCCCAUGAGUGUGGCCUAUCAUCAACAGCUAAUAACAGCAGGACUCUGGAUUGCAACUUUUUUCUGACAGCGAUUCGUCUGGCAUCCCUCAACCAGAUCCUGGAUCCAUGGGUCUACCUGUUGCUCAGAGAGAUCCUCCUGCGCAAGUUCUGCAUUGUGGCUAACGCUGUCUCCAACUGCUCCACAGAGGAUCAGAAGGGGACACAGACAGUCCUUGAUGCUCUUAACAAACAGAACCAAAAGGGUAACAAACUUGGCAUAAAUCAAAGUAAUUGAACCGACAAAGAAGAUGAGGAUUACUUGGAGUAGUUGAAAUUGGUUGGAGAUGGAGAAAAAAAUGGAUGACUACUCACACACAUUGUGCAGUGUGUUUGAGUCAAGCCUGCUCUGAGCAUUUGUGUUGUUCGCAGCACUUACAAUUGAAACUCUCUUAACCAGCAUGUGGAAGCAUGACCAUGUCUCACAAGACUCACAAAAUCUAAAUGAUGGUGAAUUUCAGUAACCUCAAGCCAUAAACUGACCUAACACACCCCUGCCAUGGCUGUGUGCUUAAAACAAGCCCAUAAACUCAGCUGUAAUUACAUUUAAAAACGCACAGGCCAAAUGUAAACUUAAACAGAAAUGUCUCAGAAUAAACGUUUUUCUUAAAAAAAAAAAAAAAAAAAAACGUUUUUUUUUUUUUUAAAGCCAAUAAGAAUAUUUAUCUUUUUCAUUAUAACAUAUUACUGCUUUUGCGCUAAAUUCUCACAACUCUGCCUGUUUGGUAGAAAUUGCUGUAAAUUUAUAACACGGCUGUCCUUGGCAUGCAUUAAGAAGUAAGAAAUGUGAAGCUGUAAGUUUGUGGGGUGCAUCCCUUCCAAGCAUAAUGUAUCAUUUAUCAUGCAGCAAUUUAAUUAAUUAAUUGUAUACAAUAGUCCGGGUGAAUACUUGAUUCUGAUUGGCUGCUGGCUGUGUGUUAAAAAGUGAUAUACCACAGGAUAACCGCAUUGUGACAACAGAAGUUCCGGUCACCUAGCUUAAAUGUUUUGUAUCACUGCGCCGGCUUCUUUAAAACAACCUUUUGCUUCAUCAUUUGGACAAAAAUAAGCGGUAAGAGGCGAACUUUAUCUCUGAACUGAUGCUUUAUUCAACCCAUCGGCAAGGUCAGCAUAUAUAUAUCGCUUUAUAUCGCCGAAUCUUGACUGCAGCAGUGGUGUGGCGCAAAGCGGACUUUUUGUUACAUCGCGCCGUACCACGUAACAAAUAGCCCGCUUUUUUUGAGAAAAGUGAUUCAAAUCCUCAUGGAAGCCUUCCACGGCGUGCGUUAAAAAGUGAUAAUGCAUACUUCGUCGGCCAUUAACGCUUAAUUAUUAUUGUAUCUGUGCCAUUAUCAAAAUUCUGAUUUCAGGAGAGGGGGUUGUAAAUUAGGAGCAGAUUGUGCCGGCAUUGCCUGUCAAAAAAGAUAGAAGUGCCAUAAGUCUACACCAACUUUUGUAGAAAAUGAAAGAAAAGAAAAACGUUGGAUCACAAAAGAGUCAUAUAAAUAUCCAGAUAAUGCACCUGGAGCUAAAGUUUGUCAUAUAAAUUUACCUCUAAUUCUAAUUGCUUUAAAAUAUAAUAUCCUAGAUUUCUUGCAAACCAUUGUGUUGUAUUCAUUCUGGGGGUCUUUUUUCUGUCAGGGAUUUUGUCUCCCCCCACCCCCCCACCCCACCCACCUGUAGUCUGAUGCCAUAAAAUGAUACGUUAAAGGCAACAACAUGCAGAUGUGACACUGUGAAAUAUGCUGUUAGUGGAGUUUCCCUCCUCUAACAUCACUUUAUUAUAAGUAAAGGGCAUUUUUAUGAACAAUUUUUUGAAUUUCCAUUUUUUUCUUUUUGCUUUACCUCUUUGUAAAUUUGGCGCAAACUCCAAGUAGAGGCAAACAUUUAUAGUCUUUCAGUUGCCAAGUACAAUUAAUCUCAGCCUUUUACCAUGUACCUUUCGAUUGGAUGACAGUUUUUUUAGUGCCAAAUUUCUCAAAGAGGCGUUUGUCCUUCAAUUUUGUAAAGGUUGUUUUUGUGCAGCUCAGUGCGCAACAUCUUCUAAUUGUUGGUCAGGCUGUUAAUAUUUUUAUCAAAGCUGGUAAAAGAGAUCACUUCAAGGUUUGGUGCAUUUACUGUCAUGGCAACCUUGAUGUUUUAGGACAAUAUUUCCACACAGCCAACAUCCAGCUCUAACUACAAGAUGAGGUUAAUGUGUGCCAUCUGUCAUCCAUACUCUUCUCUUUAGACUUUUAGCUCCAAAAAGACACACAGGCUCAGUGGUGAUGAUGACCCCAUCGGAAAUUGUUAUCUUUGAAAAAACACACUAGGAAAAACAUUUUCUGCUCCCGUUCAUGCCUUUAUCUACCAAUGGAGACAGUGCAGAGAUAACAGUUGAUCUUGUGUAGAUUUUAAAGCAAUUUGCUUUUAGUGAGGCACUCAAAGGAUUAGCCUUGUUUGGUAAGAAAUAAAAAAAAAGCAUAAAGCAAAGAAAACUGACUGAACAUUUUAUGAAUUGUCUUGACAGUUACUGCUGAUUUUGGUCCUUUGCUGUGACAAAAAAGGGGUGUUUGUUAAACAGAGAGUGUUUUAGUAGUACUUUUUUGGAGAAUAAUGAGCUGAAGUUGUGGGUCUGCAUCCCAGACUUUAAUUUAAACAUGUAACAAUGAGCUCAGAAUGAAACCCUUUGUGGUUCCGUUUUCACAUUCAAAACAGUGAAAGUAUCUACUGAUCCAGCUGUCCAGCUGAUGUCCAUCCAAUUCUUGCAAAUGUUUUGGCUUUUCAAGGCUCCUGCUUGGCAAGGGAGAAAAACAAAUCAUUUUUGGAAUAUUUGUUUUCAGUUGUCUCGUCCUACUCAUGGCUAUAAGAUUAGCAGCAAAAAAAACAUCCCAACCUACCCCCACAGUAGAGGAGAAAACAGCAGUAAAUAAUUUAAACAUGAUACAUUCCUUAAUGGGUCCAGAAAAGCCAACGCAAUAUUUACAGGGAGCAUUUCCUGUUGUCGCGCCGCAGAGUUUUACUUAUUAUAAAUUAUGUACGAUUAUCCGAUCCGAGGGAACUACUGAGUAAUAUCAGACUGGAAGCACCUUCACUUUAAUAAUCCACAAGGUGCAAUCAUAAAAGCCAAUAGCGGUUAAUGUUCAACCUAAUUAAAAGUUGUCAAAGUUGUGAAAGAGCCUCUAUAGGACAGCAUUGAGUCUUACAGUUCAGACUGGAAGAAAGGCUGUGCCAGGAACAGGUCAUUUUAACCAGGAUUUCCAGGAGUGUGCUGUGAUCUAAUGAGUUUGUGAGACCAAGAGAAUCAAGAAAUGUCGGAUAAUUCCUUUUUCCUCCUUCAAGCUACUAAGCUAAGCAUAUGACUUGAUGAUAAAUAACUUAUUAAAAAUGUAUUAAAAUCUUCCCCAAUUUCCAGUUCCAUGAUGUUUAACAGCUUUUUUACAGGGUAGUAGUUGGGAGUUUGCUUACUUGAAAAAUGUUCAUAUGCCUAAGCACUAUUUAAUUGUAUUAUUUAUGCCUUUUUUUCAAACAAUAAGGUCUAACAACCUCUGCCUUGCUGUUUAUGCCGCAAACCAUCAGAAUACUCCUCCAGAUUUGAGGUGAUAGUACUUGCUGAAAGAGUGCUCAGGUGAUCUCUGUUGAAACUGCCUGAUAAGAUCUCGCUAGUUUCUUGUUUUUGAGGCUUUAAGAAAUGACAAACACACCGAGUGCCAUGAUUUGUUCACCGAUAAGUUAUCUUAUGGUCUCAUGCUGCUGUUUUGUCAGUCAUGAAAAUGACUUGAGAAAGUUUGUUCAAACAUUUUCUACAAAAAUAAACAGAUAGCGUGGCUUAUAAAUGACAAAAAUAUAUUUACUGUACAAAAAGACAUCAGUUACCAUUUAAACAAUAGAUUUUUUUAGUGAUUGAAAGUGUUCGUCCGACAUGCACACUGACAGCUUUGGUCUUACCAGUCAGCAUUCCAUUGAUGAAUGUAAAAAUAGAUUUAUCACAUGCACAUCUUACCUUUUGUUUGUGUGAUACUUUUGAAUUUUAAAAGAAAAACUUAACAGAUUUAAGUUUCUCUGAAUUGUCAAAUUGUGUUUCUCCUAAAACUGAGACAUGAAUCUCAGAUGAGGGCUACCUGGACUCCAUCCCAGCCAUCAGUGCCGUGCUCGCACUGCUUUCCUUCAGUUUUCAUCUAAAGAAUGCUGUAAAUGUUCCAGCCUUUUGUAUUUCUGUCCUUCAGAUAUUUAACAUCAUCUGUCACAGGUGCACUUAUGUAACAAGCUGCUUUGACCAUUUAAAUGUCUAAAAAUGUAUCUUUUUAGUGCGUAAAAUUGCUGUCCUCUGAUUGAACCAUAUCAGGGUGUUGUAGUUUUAGUACAGAUAAUUAAUGAAGUUUCUUUACAUGCAUUAGGAUUGAUGCUGCUGUUGUAGCACAUGUACAGUAGUAAAUUAAUACUUAGCUUCAAUGUCAUCCCAUGAAUGACUGUGACAAAUGGACUGUGUUUUACAAGAACUGACCCUCUUAAUGAUGUAUCAUCAAGGGUGAAAACAGCAAUUUUCUGGCCAGUGACAGAGAAAUUAGGGCACCCGGAUACAUGAUCAUUAAGUAACCCUUAUUUAAAGCUGGCAAGGCAGCUCUGACAAAAGAUUUUACAUCUUGUGAGCUGUGGUGUAGUGCAAUAACAAACACAUAUAGAAGAUAAUACUAACCUAAACUGCUGUUUUAGGGCAGAAAGCUACUAUGUGGUAAUAAGCAGAAAGAGAAAAUCAAAAGCUCAUUGAGUGAAACAAGGUCCGAUUUUACAUAUUUGUAAAGAUAUUAUUUUCUGUGCAUAAGAGGCAGGAUAAAGUUAUUGAUAUAUGCCUGCAAAUAAGUGAGGAAUUAUAAAAAUGUUGAAUGUUUUUGUGGUUGAAACUUGUACAGACUUCUGUUGUUUGUAAACCUUACAUUAUGUGUAAAUAAAGCUAUAUUGUGUUUUCUAGA